AUGCGGAUCGCGUGCCUUCAGUUCGCGCCGCAGGUUGCAGAUGUGGAAAACAACCUCAACAAGGCGGACGAGGUCCUCAACCAGGCGGAUUCCGACGACCUAGGCCUGGAUCUUUUGGUCCUUCCAGAACUGGCCUUCACCGGCUACAACUUCAAGUCAUUAACCCACAUAUCUCCCCAUCUUGAAGAAUCCAGCACGGGUAUCAGCUCGCUCUGGGCUCGGAAUACAGCCCUCAAGCAUGACUGCACCGUCGUCGUGGGAUAUCCCGAAAAGGUAGAUCCGACGCUGAACUGGCCUACGGACCCCCAGUAUUACAACUCGGCAAUCGCUGUCAACGGCGAUGGCGAAACAGUGGCCAACUACCGCAAAUCCCAUCUGUAUUACACCGACGAGACUUGGGCUUUGGAGGGCUCCCAUGGCUUCUUCAAAGGACGACUUCCAGGCUUAGGUCAAGCCGCCAUGGGGAUAUGCAUGGACCUAAAUCCUUACAAGUUUGAAGCUCCUUGGAACAAGUUCGAAUUUGGACAACAUGUGCUGGACAGCGGUGCUCGACUUGUCAUAGUUUCUAUGGCUUGGCUUACGAAUGAGGAUCCUCGAGAAUUUACCAGCACUCCCAUGGAGCCCGAUAGCAUGACUUUAUUGUACUGGGUGUCUCGCCUUGAGCCGCUGAUUCGGGCAGAAUCGAACCAAGAAGUCAUUGUCGUCUUUGCGAACCGCUGUGGCAUCGAGGGCGAAGCAACUUAUGCUGGUACCAGCGCUGUUGUUGGCAUACAGUCUGGCGAAAUUUGGGUUUACGGUAUAAUGGGCCGCGGUGAAACGGGUCUGCUUGUCGUUGAUACCGAGUCUGAGCCGUAUGCUAGACUGUCUUACCAGCCGCUUCAGCCCAAUAUUCGAUCCGAAGACGAUGCCUCACCGGACCUGGAGAAAAACUCUGGCAAUGGCCCGUAUCGACACAAUGAGUCUCAGGGUCAGUCUCGCGAAGACUAUGAAGAUUCAUCCAAGGCACCCAUUGACUCUUCAACCGACCAACAAGAAGAUGAUUUGCACAUGUGGCUUAUGGGUAACUCGAUCAAUCCGGAUGUUCAACACAACCACCAAUCUUCCGAGUACAUCAAGGGAUAUGAUAAACACACGCCAAACAAGCCCCAGGUUGAGAAUACGCAAAGAUCAUCGAGCCCAAAAUUGAAUAUCAAUUCUCUACAGCUUGAUAUCCCGCCUGAUCAAUACAUGCUCAGACGAUACCUCGAGGCUGAGUCUCCGGUAUCUCAUCUGGACUCAUUCAAAUCCCCGAACCAGUCUACAACAGCACCCCCAGAAGAACUCCGGGGCUCGCGAAAAGAUCGAGAUGACUACGUAGCUUUCUACCCCGACAUGAUGGAAGAUGAGAAACGAUUUAGUCUCCGAUCUGAUGUGUCUGUCUGGAACAACGAACCUGGUCGAGUCCGCCAAAUAUCUGUCUCAAUGAUUGACGGCCCCGAAUUAUCGCAUCUAUCAACUCAAGAACGGCCCAGGACUGUUGAAGCAGGAAAUAGCGCCAGAUUUCAAGAGCGAAACAGAAACAGACAUAGGGCACACAGCCAGCGGCAAUCCUCUGAUUGGAAUAGUCGGCGUGGUAGUGACUAUGGGAUGCCGUUAUCGAGACAGUCGUCUCAGAAUCAACUCCGAAGCAAGUACAGCUACAGUCAAAUCGAUGAAAUGGCGAGGAGUUAUUCCAGCAGUGCUGUUCUACCAGUGCACCUUUUGCAAUCUCACACAACUUCGCAAGUAGCUACAGAGGAGACUGGGAGGGGCAGGCGGCGAUCUUCGCACAAACAACUGAAAGAGGGACGGCGCGAGUCUCGAGGCACGCAAAUGUCCCAAAGAGAGCCAAUUGAUCUUUCACAGUUUGCCCUCAUCGAAGAAUAUCCUUCUGCUAGUUGUCCAGUGCAUGGUAGUCGCCCUCCAUCUGGGACUAGGCGUCAGAACAGUUCGAGGGCCAGAGGUCGAUCAGGGAAUCGUUCGCAACCUUUGUUGGAGGCGGAAACAGCUAGGAGACAAUCCACCCGGCGCGAUACGUCGCAGAACGAAAGCCAGAGGGAUGUUCACAGUCUAUCACACCGACGUACGCACUCGUCACAGCCUGAACAAGUCCGGUCCAGUAUUGAGACGAGACGGGGUGAGAAGGAGAGGUCCAAAGAAUCUACUGCAAAGACGAGUUCCGGCCCCAAGACGCCGACUGCCAUGCAAUUGAUUCCGGAUCUGGAGUUACUUGAUGGCCUCGAGAAAACGUUCUCUUUGCUGAAAUGCGUGGAAAAGGCUCCGGCGCAUAUUGUGAGGCGACGUGUGAGCUCAGUCUGGUAG